UUUGGCCACGAAAGUUUACGGUUGAAGAACGUUGCUCAAUUAAAGUCGCUAUGGCACGUGUGGUUAUUUUGUUGUGCUUGGUGUGCGCUACCAUCGCUACGGCUCGGGCGGAUGUUACACCGCGCCGGGAUGCGGAAUAUCCACCCCCAGAGCUGCUGGAAGCCUUGAGACCGCUGCACGAUAUAUGCGUCAAAAAGACGGGCGCCACAGACGAGGCAAUCAAAAAGUUCAGCGAUGAGGAGAUCCACGAGGACGAAAAGUUAAAGUGCUACAUGAACUGUCUGUUCCACGAGUCCAAGGUGGUGGACGACAACGGGGACGUGCAUCUGGAGAAGCUGCACGACUCGCUGCCGGACUCGAUGCACGACAUCGCGCUGCACAUGGGCAAGCGCUGCCUGUACCCGGUGGGCGAGAACCUCUGUGACAAGGCGUUCUGGCUGCACAAGUGCUGGAAGCAGUCCGAUCCGAAGCACUACUUCUUGGUCUGAGGUCGUUCGGGUCGUUCCGGGAGCAGCAGCGGCAGCUGAAAACCGCGGCACGACGGCGUGCGGGCACGGUCCCAGCCACUUUCUUCGACUUUGGCUGAGUUUCUUCCGAAAAAUGCACACACCACACAGGACUGGGACUUGCGGAGAAUGGCCUCCGUUUACGCCGUUGGUCAAGGUUUUCGCGCCCGUGCUCCGAAAUAGUAAUUAGCCUUUCUGCACCGCGCACCGUAGUACGCCCGAGCCGUCAAGAAAGAGGACGGCGCUGGAAAAAAAUUCCCUCCCCCCCCGAAAACUAACCCAGUUCGCCCGACAAUCGGAGAAAGUGACCGGAGCCGGAGAAUGGUGAAAAUUUUAAAUUCGAGCUUAAACUUUUCUUCACAUUCCUCGUGCCCCGCGAUCCCAAUCCGGCUGCAUCCGGGUUUCGCUUACGAGCAAUAAAAGGAUCAGCGAAAAACGAACUUCCAAAAGUGCAAGAAU